GAGUUGCCAUGUCGUUUGGCGGGAAAAAAGGGUCAGGUUUUCGCGCCAAAUAGAGUAAUAGGAAGAGCUGUAGCGAGGUUGCCUGUUUAGGCGUAGAAGCAAAAGCAAUUCCUAGGGAGGAGUUGAGCUCGAGUCUGAGAUGGCAGCGCCCGCGACAACGACUUUAGAUGAUGCUGAAUUGCGAGAAGCUCAGCGAGAUUACUUGGACUUUUUGGAUGAUGAGGAAGAUCAGGGAAUUUACCAGAGUAAAGUCCGGGACAUGAUUAAUGACAAUGGGCAUCGUCUGAUUGUGAAUAUCAAUGACCUCCGCAGAAAGAAUGAGAAAAGAGCCAGUCGUUUGCUGAACAGUGCCUUUGAGGAGUUGCUGGCUUUCCAGCGUGCCUUGAAAGACUUUGUUGCUUCUGUGGAUGCUACAUAUUCAAAGCAGUAUGAAGAUUUUUAUAUUGGGUUAGAAGGCAGCUUUGGAUCUAAACAUGUGACACCUCGGACGUUGACAUCCCAGUUUCUCAGCUGUAUUGUCUGUGUGGAGGGUAUUGUUACAAAAUGCUCUUUGGUGCGCCCAAAGGUUGUUCGAAGUGUGCAUUACUGCCCUGCUACCAAGAAAACCAUUGAGCGGCGAUACACAGAUUUGACUUCCCUGGAAGCUUUUCCAUCCUCUGCUGUUUAUCCCACCAAGGAUGAAGAAAACAAUCCUCUCGAGACAGAAUUUGGCCUAUCAACUUACAAAGAUCAUCAAACCAUCACAAUCCAGGAGAUGCCAGAGAAAGCACCAGCUGGACAACUUCCUCGCUCUGUAGACAUCAUUUUAGAUGAUGACUUGGUAGACAAAGUAAAGCCAGGAGACCGAGUACAGAUCAUUGGGACUUUCCGUUGUCUGCCAAGCAAGAAGGGUGGCUACACUUCAGGGACAUUUCGGACCAUUCUGAUUGCUUGCCAAGUAAAGCAAAUGAGCAAGGAGGUCCAGCCUGAAUAUUCAUCUAGAGAUGUUAGCAAGAUUAAAAAAUUUAGCAAACAGCACUCAAAGGAUGUUUUUGAACAGCUUUCAAAAUCUUUGGCUCCCAGCAUUCAUGGGCAUGAGUACAUCAAGAAGGCAAUUCUGUGUAUGCUCCUGGGAGGAGUCGAAAAAGUGUUGGAGAAUGGAAGCCGGCUCCGAGGGGACAUUAAUAUCCUACUGAUUGGUGACCCUUCUGUUGCGAAGUCUCAGUUGUUACGUUAUGUUUUAUGUACAGCUCCCCGGGCCAUUCCCACUACUGGCAGGGGUUCUUCUGGAGUAGGCUUGACUGCUGCUGUCACAACAGAUCAGGAAACUGGAGAACGUUGUCUGGAAGCUGGUGCCAUGGUCUUGGCUGACCGUGGAGUGGUGUGCAUUGAUGAAUUCGAUAAGAUGUCUGAUAUUGAUCGUACUGCUAUCCAUGAAGUGAUGGAGCAAGGCCGUGUUACUAUUGCCAAAGCAGGCAUUCAGGCCCAGCUCAAUGCCCGUUGCAGUGUAUUAGCUGCUGCAAAUCCAGUCUAUGGAAGGUAUGACCAAUACAAAACUCCCAUGGAUAAUAUCGGCCUUCAGGAUUCUUUGCUGUCCCGAUUUGAUUUGCUCUUCAUUGUUUUGGAUCAAAUGGAUCCAGAACAAGAUCGGGAAAUCUCAGACCAUGUCUUGCGAAUGCAUCGUUAUAGAGCAGCUGGUGAACAGGAUGGAGAUGCCAUGCCUUUAGGCAGUGCAGUUGAAUUACUAGCAACUGAGGACCCUUCCUUUACCGAGGAGGAAGAUCAGGAGCUACAAGUGUACGAAAGGCACGAUGACCUACUGCAUGGACCUCGGAGGCGGAAAGAGAAGAUCGUAAGUAUGGAGUUCAUGAGGAAGUACAUUCAUUUUGCCAAGAUGUUGAAGCCAGUUUUGACUGAGGAAGCAGCAGCUCUCAUAGCCCAGGAAUAUUCUUCCCUUCGCAGUCAGGAGCAGAUCAGCUCUGACAAUGCCAGGACUUCCCCUAUUACAGCCCGAACUCUAGAGACAUUGAUCCGGCUCUCAACUGCACACGCUAAAGCCAGGAUGAGUAAAAUAAUUGAGAAGCAGGAUGCCAAAGCUGCUGUAGAGCUGGUACAAUUUGCUUAUUUCAAAAAAGUUCUGGAAAAAGAAAAAAAGCGGAAAAAGCAGACUGAAGAGGACCCAGAAGAAGAAACAGAUGGUGAAAUGUCCCAAGAAAGGGAAGAAAGACAGAAAAAGAGAAGGAAGACAGAUUCCAGUGAGCAAUCACCCACAGAAGGAGAAACACAUGAUCCUUAUGACUUCAGUGAUACAGAAGCAGAAAUGCCAGAAAUUCAGGCACACCCCUCCAAGGUUCCUGAAGCAUCAAGCACUGAUGAAGUGACAUCAAAGUUGCCCGAGUCCAGGCUUAAAACAUUCAAGGCAGCCCUCCUGGAAGUAUUCAGAGUUGCCCAUGCACAGUCUGUGAAUCUGAAGAGCCUGCUGGAAUCCAUCAACCGGGACAACCCAACUCCUUUUUCAUCAGCUGAAGUCAAAGCAGCGUUGGAACAGAUGCAAGAAGAUAACCAGAUCAUGAUGUCUGAUGAUAUAAUUUUUCUGAUCUAGAGCAACUCUUAGAGAGGAGAAGGACUUACUACGUUCCCCUUAGAUGCUUGGUGUGAAUGGAACCUCUUCCCAGCAGCAUCAAUAGAGUUUGUCCAGAAAUCUUGGCUUAGCUGAUUGCUCCAUACCAAAUUCAAAUUUCUCUGAACUAAACUAUGGGGUGGGGAAAAUAAAGUCUUGACAGUUUUGUUAUUUUCCUACUUCAAGUUUUAUUUUUUAAAAAGUGCUUUGGCUCCACCUGCUUGUCAGAUACAUGCAGGCUCCCCUAGUAAAAAUAUCUGCAUUGUAUAGAGCAGCUUUCUUUAGUGUUUGUUCUAAAUAUUCUGAUGUGCGGUUCCCAAAUUCUCCAGACAGCUGAGAAAUUUGGGUAUUUCUAUCUCUGCAUUUGGAAAGCACCCAGGUCAGGGAGACAGCUACCACUGUACAGUAAUGCUAUUCUAAACAUUCAGCCUUGUCACAUCAUUUUACCAAUGAAUUUAUAAUGCUCCUUUCAUUUUGUGAUAGAUGUAUAAAUUCCAGUGUGGUAAUAAAAAUGUAUUUGCAAAGUUAAAAUUAGAAUAAGUUGAGUGCUCACAUGUACCAUAUCUCCUCUUUUAUAUAACAAGCCCUACUACCCUGAACUAUAUUUUUUAAAUUUUAGGUAAAUGUUUUUGAUAGAUUGUAUAAUGUGAAAAUAACUUUUUCUAUCAGAAGGAACUUUUAUCUGUUGGGGAAAAUAGCACCAGCAUUCUGAAAGUGGGCCUGUUCUUAAUGAGCAUUUAGUUUACUGCUGAGUUACCAUGUCUUCCUCCAAAUGGAAGCAAGAGAAGCUAGCUGGAAUGCAAUGUAGCACUGAUAAGGGGCAAAUGGGAAAGCAAUAGGCUGGGUCUUUCUGCCUCAGCGUUUUUUUCAUGCACAAAAGUAUAAUGCAUAGAAUUAGCGAACAUUUCUGCAAAUAUUAAAAGCCCCUGUGUUUUUUAUGAUAUCAAGAUUGCAAAAAGCUUUGCUUUUUAAUGUUUGCAUUGCACAUUACAAUACAGAAUAAAACAGCCUAUUUCUAAACAUUGCUUGAUCUUACAACAGAUUUUCCAUGAAUUCCGUUUGUAUACCAAAACAUGACAUAUACGGAGCAGUUCCAAUGCUUAGUAUCUGAAAUUUAGUUUCAGUGAGCUUAAAUAUUAAAUAAAAGGUUGUAUGGUACUAUCCUUUUAUAAAUCACAUUUCAAAAAUAAAAUUGAUUGAAAUA